UACACAAGGUUGAAGCAUGAACUCUAGGAAAACCAAAUAAUUUUAUUUGUUAGUUUGUUAUGUGCGAUUAAAUAAUAAUUAUUCUCUUGAAGUGAACAAUUUGGCCCUGUAUAUUAUUAUUUGAUUACAAAGUGUAAUAAGUCGUUAUCAGUUAGUAUCAUGUUGGCACUUUCUUUGAUUUUUAUAUAGAUGAAUAAUGUUUUCCUACAAAUAACUGAAGGUGAAAAUAAAAUAUAAUAAAACCAAGAAAAUCAGAAAAAUGUCUAGUGCAGAUGCUCAGGACCGAUUAAAGCUAUAUAAAUUCACAAAAAUAUUGACUUUAAAAAUUGCGCAAAUUGUAGUUCAAAGUCGACAAGGGAGAAAAAUUGUUCAUCUGUACAACACUACAAAAUCAUCAGAUGAUAAUGUUAUAUGUGAUACAACAUGUAUCCCAAAUAAUUUACAAUGGAAAGUUUAUUUAAUGUUGCAGUUUAAUCUUUCAAUACCAGAUGUACCAGAUGUAAACAAUGACACGAAACGUGUUCUAAAUGGUGAGGUCAUACAAGCACUCUCAAAUGUCCUCUGUAUUGAAAUAUCCUUACAUACUAAUGAUGGCGAUGACAUGGUCUUGGAGUUUUGGACUGUAAAAAUAGGUCCCCUUCAUGAUGCAACCAUUACUUCCAUAUCAACUAUAUACUAUAGAAUGAGUAUAAUGUUAAAAUCAACCUUGAGCAUAUCUAGAAUAACACCAGCAUACAAAAUGUCUCGCUUGCAAAACAAAGAUUGCUAUAAAAUCUCACAUAAGAUAUAUGGGGGCCAGCCAAAUUUGGAUCUUCUUGGUAAGAAGUAUAAAAAUAUAAAGGUUGGUGAAUUGCACAUGCCAAUAGGUACUAUAGAAAUUGAGGUUUCAUAUAGAACUGAAAUGACAAUUUUGCCAGAACCUAGAAGUAGGGUACCAAGCUAUGGUGAAGUUCAAAAUAUAUCCAAUAGUGACAUAAUGGUCAAAAGUGACCAUUUUCCAAAGGAAAUUCCUAGGAAAAAUUACAGUGAUAAGAAAAAAGUUGACCUUACAAAACCCUUAACAGCUGGUGCCUUUGUAGAUACCAUAAAACUAAAAGAAUUACAUGAUGCAUUAUAUCAACAAUUACCACCCGCACCACCAAUGGAGUGGCUAUUAGCCGAAAAAGAUAAAAUGGAAAAAAAGAUAAAAUUGUCAAUGGCCGAUGCUCUCUCAAAGCCCGGUCCUAGUUCUGAAGCUGAACCUCCAUUACCUCUAGAUGCAAGCAAAGCUGUUGAAGUGCCUAAGUGUAAGGAUAACAAAUAUGCCAGUCUAAUGGAUUUCCCGUUUGCUGAUGGCAGCCCAAUAACCGAACUGGCAAAUUUUUACCAAGAAUGUUUACAAGCGCGUUCAGCUAGCGAGGCGUGGACGAAUGAAUCCAUAUCAACCGAUUCAGAGAACCUUUCACAGCAACUCAAAAUGUAUGAAGAGGCAGUGCCCGAGUUUGACAGCAUGGUAGAGUCUAUGUUCAGUAAUACUGAAUACGGAUCUGAUCACACCUAAAAUUAUAUACAUUUUAUUAGUAUAUAGUAUGAUAGCUCUAGCUGGCUCGAUACAUUACUUGAGUCGGUGCGGAAGGAGUAUAUCAGCAUUACUAUUACCGCUUUUGUUGUUGACAACACUUGCGUCAUUAUAGUUCGACAGAUAUCAUCUUGAUUCUUAAUAUGAAAAAUGUAUAUAAUUUUGGUGAAUAAAUUAAAAUAAUAGUUAGAUUUAGUUCGCAUAAUUGCCACACCGGUUCUUUAGAAAAAAAAUUGGACACUACCUGAAGAGGGAAAGAAUUUUACGUUAUACCUACUUAUCUUUUUCGAACAAUGUGAACGUAAUAUAAAUAAAAAUAUAUUUGAAUUUUCUUUCUAGUAAAAGUUUAAAAUGCUUAAAUCUUGUUGAUUUCCGUUUUCAGUUACGGUAUGUAACCUUUUCCGCUACGCAAAAGGCUACUUCGCCUCCAGGUGGUAUUUGCAAAAUUUCACUAUUUAAUUUCUUAUAAGAUUAAAUUAAGAUUUUUCUGCACCUCUCUAAGAUUUACCAUGAGUUUGAUAUAGUAUCAAAUUCUUUAGUAAUAUCAAUCCCUUAUGCGUGUUGAUUGACGCAAACAAAUAUUUGACGCAGUUAUUUUUAAACUUUGUCAAACUCAGACAAAUUUACGAGAUUGGCCUCUCGAAUUAUUUUAGUUAUUUAUCGCGCUUCCCACGUGUCUUUGUCUAAAUAAAUAAGUGGGUUUAAUGAAGUUAAAAAUCAUAAUAGUCAUAAUUUAUAUUUUGCGAAUUUUGAAAGUAAUCAUAUUAUUUUGGGGCCUGUUAAGAAACGGGUAUGUCACCUUCAUUUUCCCAACUGUACAAAGUAGGUAUAGGCCGUCUGCCCGUCAUUGAAUUAGUGCUUAUGUGCGUAACUGCGUGCGUUAAGAUACGGCUGUCUAACACUGAUGCUUAGCAAACCAAGGCCUUAGCCGAACAUACUGACAUAUAGAUAACUAUUACAAAUAAAUUAUUGGUAGUACGAACAUCUUAUAUGAAUGGUGUCAGAUCCACGAAUAUUAUUAUAGAUGCAAUUAUUAGAAGACGAUAAAUUUCAUUUUAAUUACGUAUGAUUUGAAAUGCAUUGUUUUUACAUUCCGUAGUUAAUUAUUCAUUGCGCCAUAUGUCUCAGAGUUAUUUUGAUGGAUACAUCACGCAUGUAUCAAUGAUUCAUGAGAAUCAGCGUUCUUUUAAACCGUAGGCUAAAUUCCAGUAUGUGUUGCCAUGGUAUGUUUAUACCAUUGUUUGGCCAUACCAUUGUUUUUAUGAAAUAACUUCGUGACCCCAUUAUAAAACUUAUUUUACGGACUAAGGGCCUUGGGAUUUCAAGUUCUGAAGAAUUGGACGCCAUUUGUAUCCUAUUAAAGAGUGCAAAAAUUAAUUUAUUGUAAUAAGUAGUUUUACUUAUGGUAAAUAUUUGGUAGUGGCCAAAUAAAAUAUAUUACUGUAUGAAUGUUGUCUUCAAAAAUGUAAGUAUAACUCAGGGCAAAAUGACCUAGAUAAAAAAUGCCUUCGUAUACCAAGUUAUUGUAUAGGAUAUAUAAGUUUACGAUUGAUUUGUUUAGUUAACAUAAAUUUAAUAUUAAAUGUAAAAUAAUUAUUUAACUAACAAUGUUUACGCUUAAGGCACUAUUGUGUUUGAACUAAAUCGAAGAGAAAUAUCGAUUUAAUUGGGUCGAUUCUAUAACUUAGUAUAUCUUGGUGCUUAGAUACAUGGUUAUGCUAAGCAUAUGAAUGCAAGAAACUCGUGAGACUGGAAUUGUAUAAGAGUAUGUCACUUUGUAUCUUAACCACUAAACGUUGGAUAUAUAAAAUAUAACCUAAAUACAUAUUACAGCGUUCACGAAUCAUCAAAAAAUAUGACCAGGUGUUAUUUAAAAAAAUAUUUUAUUUAACCCAUUUCUUGGUCACUACGGUAUUGAAUGUCUUGCACACAAUCACAAUGCCUAAGUUAGAAGUAUCAGUCAUGCAACGGUCAUGAUAACUCUAUGACUUGGAAAUUUCAAAUAUAUUUAGUGUUAAUGCCUUUCAAUAAGGUUGAAGUGCCAAUCACUGUACUUCUAGACGGACAAUCUAGUUUUAGUAUAAAAAAGUUGAAGCAUGAUAUAUUAUGGUUUGUACGAUUUUAGAUUCGAUUUGCUCGUUUAGUUUUUAAUUUAAUUAAUCAUGUAUUAAAUGUCGUUAUAUAUGAAGUGAGGGUUAGACACACGAGGAAGGAGGAACAAAAGUAUGUAUUCAACACUCUUUAGAGUACUUGAAACAAAGUGGACAUUUCAUGUGUAAAGUUUUAGCCAAUAUUAAGACUACUAACAUUAAGCUGUGCUUAUUAAUGUAACUAAGACUUAACUAGGCAUUAUUUAAAUGUACAAUGUGCAAUUAAUUGCAAAAACAAUGAAAAUUUAUAUAAAAAUAUUUCUAUUUCGACUUUCAAGUCGAUAUAUUAAAUUUGAGUUAUAAAAUAUUAAGUUUGAAUUUACGGCUAAUGUCGCGUAAUUCUAUACACAAUGUGAAAUCGAAUAUUGUAAAGUUAAUAAGUGUGUAAUGACUACAUGUUAUACAAUUUAAAUGUCUAAAUAAUGUUACUAGUCAAAAAGUCUAUUGUAAUGGCCAAUUAUAAUGUAUGUUGCUUUUAUAUUUAAGGUUAUUUUUAAUCAGCCCCGAAGAUUUCUAUAUUACCAAAUACUGUAUGAAUGGUUGGUUACUGAUUUAUCAUCAUCUUACGAGCCAUCUGAUUGUGAUUUGAAUGCAUUUAAAAUAUUGUAUAUCUUUUUAUUGUUCGGUUAAUAUUUUUGCAUGUUUUUUCACAUGACUUUCAAGUUUCUUAUAAGAUGCAAAUAAUUUUAAUUAAUAAAAUCUGAUUAUAUUUCAUCAUAGAGACCAUCAAUUCCAUAAUAUAGGAAAAUCUAAAGGGCAUUCUAUUAUAGUUUAUAGGCGAUAGUAAGUUUACAUUGUAAAGGUUUGCUUAUUGGUUUUUUUCUUGUUCGUAGCUAACAAUUUACUGUAUAAUACUUUAUUCAAUAUACUCGUGAUU